ACUUAACCUUGACUUAAUGCAAUAAAUAUUAGAUAAACAGUGCACUGUUGUAAAAUGAAGUUAUUAAAAAAUAAAUUGGGAUUAUUCCGAACGCAAAUCAAAAGAAAUUCCAGCAACCAUGUAAGAAUAGUGGAGGUAGGUCCAAGAGAUGGACUUCAAAAUGAACCAGUACACGUCCCAACAAAUGUUAAAAUAAACCUUAUAAAUAAGUUAUCCGAAACUGGUCUGCAGACCAUAGAAGUCACAAGUUUUGUAAGCCCAAAAUGGGUUCCCCAGAUGGCAGAUAACACCAAAGUAUUCUCAGGGAUUUUAAGAAAGAAAAAUAUAAGCUACCCCGUUUUAGUACCCAAUAAACAAGGCUUGGAGUCGGCUAUUUCAGUGGGUGCCGAGGAAGUGGCAGUAUUUGCCUCGGCAUCUGAAGGAUUUUCGCGUAAAAACACAAACUGCUCCACCCAGGAAGGACUGAAAAGGAUAAGGGAGGUGGUGGAUGAAGCCAAAAAAAAUAACUUGAAAAUUCGUGGGUAUGUUUCGUGCGUAGUGGGUUGCCCAUACGAUGGCCACGUUAAACCCAACGAAGUCUCGAAAGUUACCGAAGCCCUAUUGGACUUGGGUUGCUACGAAAUUUCUUUAGGAGAUACAAUUGGGGUGGGGACCAAACAAAGCACCCACAAAAUGAUUAAGGACCUACUAACUAUCACGUCGCCAGAAAAAUUGGCAAUUCAUUGCCAUGACACCUAUGGACAAGCUUUGGUGAACAUCUGCACAGCUUUGGACUUGGGUAUAACAGUUGUGGACUCCUCUGUUUCUGGACUUGGGGGUUGUCCAUACGCCAGAGGCGCCACUGGUAAUGUGGCAACUGAAGAUCUAAUUUACAUGUUGCAUGGUAUGGGAGUUGAGACUGGAGUCGACUUAAAAAAAGUUGUAGAAGCAGGCCAUUACAUAUCAGAGUUCAUAAAAAAACCAAACGCGUCCAGAGUUAACAACGCAUUGUACACAAAAUAUUUUUCAUAAUAAAGAGAGCUUUACAUAU